CCGGAGGAAAUCGGGAGGGGGAGGGCGAGCAAGGCCGAGACUGAAGGAGCGAGCGGCGGCCGAGGGGCUGGUCCAGGCGCGGCCGCUAAGAGGAGACCAAGAGGCGGGGGCUGCACUUGACAACCAGCAUGCCGAGAUGGCACGCUUUGUGCCCACGCCACCUCCACGCAGCCUUGCUUGCAAAUCAGAGGACAGGCUUAGUGAACAAGACUGGCCAGCGCCUUUCAAGGUUCCGUGUUUCGGGGUUGAAACUUCCCAAGCUGAGUCAGAAGAGGCAGAAGUGGAUGUGAGAGAAAGAGACACCCUCAGAGACAGAGAGCCAAAGAGGACGAGAGACUUGACUUUAAGAGACUCCUGUACUGACAACUCCAUGCAGUUCGCAACCAGACCGACUCCGGCUGAACCAGGGUUCAUGGGGACAUGGCAAAACGCUGACACUAACCUCUUAUUCAGAAUGUCCCAACAGGUUCCACUGGCAUGUGCUGGCAGAGUGCUGGGUGCAGACUUUUGCCCAAACCUGGAGGAGCCAGACCAGAGGCUGGAAGUCCAGGCCAUCCGCUGCACACUGGUAAACUGCACAUGUGAAUGUUUUCAGCCGGGGAAGAUUAACCUGAGGACUUGCGAUCAGUGUAAACAUGGCUGGGUGGCACAUGCCUUGGAUAAGCUCAGCACGCAGCACCUGUACCACCCCACCCAAGUGGAGAUUGUACAGUCCAACGUGGUGUUUGACAUCAGCAGCUUGAUGCUCUAUGGGACGCAAGCAGUGCCGGUGCGACUAAAGAUCCUUCUGGACCGGCUCUUCAGCGUGCUGAAGCAGGAGGAGGUGCUACACAUUCUGCACGGCCUGGGCUGGACUCUGCGGGACUACGUCAGGGGAUACAUCCUUCAGGAUGCUGCCGGCAAGGUACUGGACCGUUGGGCCAUCAUGUCUCGAGAAGAGGAAAUCAUCACCCUUCAGCAGUUCCUGCGGUUUGGAGAAACCAAAUCCAUCGUGGAGCUGAUGGCAAUUCAGGAGAAAGAAGGGCAGGCCGUGGCUGUGCCAUCUUCAAAGACAGACUCAGAUAUAAGGACUUUCAUUGAGAGCAAUAAUCGCACCAGGAGUCCCAGCCUCCUUGCUCACUUAGAGAACAGCAAUCCUUCCAGCAUUCAUCACUUCGAAAACAUCCCAAACAGCCUUGCAUUUCUGCUGCCAUUCCAGUACAUAAACCCCGUGUCAGCCCCUCUCCUGGGGUUGCCUCCCAAUGGGCUUCUGUUAGAGCAACCAGGACUGAGGCUGCGGGAGCCCAGCCUGUCCACCCAGAAUGAAUAUAAUGAGAGCAGUGAAUCUGAAGUGUCUCCGACACCCUAUAAGAAUGAUCAGACACCCAACAGAAACGCCCUGACCAGCAUCACUAAUGUGGAACCCAAAACCGAGCCAGCCUGUGUCUCCCCGAUUCAAAAUUCUGCCCCCGUCAGUGAUCUGUCCAAAACGGAGCACCCAAAGAGCUCAUUCCGGAUUCACCGAAUGAGAAGGAUGGGAUCAGCCUCUAGGAAAGGCAGGGUGUUCUGUAAUGCGUGUGGGAAAACAUUCUAUGACAAAGGUACGCUGAAAAUCCAUUAUAACGCUGUUCACCUGAAGAUCAAACAUCGCUGCACCAUUGAAGGCUGCAACAUGGUCUUCAGCUCCCUCCGAAGCCGUAAUCGCCACAGUGCAAAUCCCAACCCUCGCCUUCACAUGCCCAUGCUAAGGAAUAACCGAGACAAAGAUUUGAUUCGUGCCACAUCAGGAGCUGCCACUCCUGUCAUAGCAAGUACAAAAUCAAAUCUCACUCUCACAAGUCCUGGCCGGCCCCCAAUGGGUUUUACCACUCCCCCACUAGACCCUGUCUUACAGAAUCCUCUCCCUAGCCAGCUGGUGUUUUCUGGGCUAAAGACUGUACAACCAGUUCCUCCAUUUUAUAGAAGUUUACUCACCCCUGGGGAGAUGGUGAGUCCUCCCACUUCCCUUCCAACCAGCCCCAUCAUUCCAACCAGUGGUACCAUAGAGCAGCACCCCCCACCACCCUCUGAGCCAGUAGUGCCAGCCGUGAUGAUGGCCACCCAUGAGCCCAGUGCCGACCUGGCACCCAAGAAAAAGCCCAGGAAGUCAAGCAUGCCUGUGAAGAUCGAGAAGGAAAUCAUUGACACUGCUGAUGAGUUUGACGAUGAAGAUGAUGACCCCCAUGAUGGCGGAGCUGUGGUCAACGACAUGAGCCAUGACAAUCAUUGCCACUCCCAAGAGGAGAUGAGCCCAGGCAUGUCUGUGAAGGACUUUUCUAAGCACAACAGGCCCCGGUGCAUUUCAAGGACUGAAAUAAGAAGGGCUGACAGCAUGACUUCAGAGGACCAAGAGCCCGAGCGAGACUAUGAAAAUGAGUCUGAGUCUUCCGAACCCAAACUGGGUGAGGAGUCCAUGGAAGGGGAUGAACACAUCCAUAGUGAGGUGAGCGAAAAGGUCCUGAUGACCAGUGAGAGGCCAGAGGAGAACCACACAGAACCCUCUCACGAGGACGUUAUCAAAGUCAAAGAAGAGUUCACAGAUCCCACGUAUGACAUGUUUUACAUGAGCCAGUAUGGACUGUACAAUGGUGGUGGGGCCAGCAUGGCUGCCCUGCACGACAGUUUUACAUCAUCCCUGAAUUAUGGCAGCCCUCAGAAGUUCUCCCCAGAAGGGGACCUGUGUUCUAGCCCAGACCCCAAAAUCUGUUACGUGUGCAAGAAGAGUUUCAAAAGCUCCUACAGCGUGAAGCUUCACUACAGGAACGUUCACUUGAAAGAGAUGCAUGUGUGCACGGUGGCUGGCUGCAAUGCUGCCUUCCCCUCUCGCCGCAGCAGAGACAGACACAGUGCCAACAUAAAUCUGCAUCGGAAACUGUUGACCAAAGAACUCGACGACAUGGGCCUGGACUCCUCCCAGCCCUCUCUUAGCAAGGACCUCCGGGAUGAAUUUUUGGUGAAGAUCUAUGGGGCGCAGCACCCCAUGGGGCUUGACGUCAGGGAAGACGCCUCCUCUCCCGCAGGGACUGAAGACUCCCACCUGAACGGGUACGGGAGAGGCGUGGCGGAGGACUACAUGGUCCUGGACCUGAGCACCACGUCCAGCCUGCAGUCCAGCAGCAGCAUCCAUUCCUCCCGGGAAUCCGACGCAGGCAGCGACGAGGGGAUUCUUCUGGACGACAUUGAUGGGGCGAGCGACAGUGGGGAGUCGGCCCACAAGGCUGAGCCCCCUGCCCUCCCUGGCGGCCUAGGGGCUGAAGUUUCCGGAUCUCUCAUGUUCAGCAGUUUGGCUGGGAGCAACGGUGGGAUCAUGUGCAACAUCUGCCACAAAAUGUACAGCAACAAGGGGACCCUGCGGGUGCACUACAAAACUGUGCAUCUGCGAGAAAUGCACAGGUGCAAAGUCCCGGGUUGCAAUAUGAUGUUCUCCUCCGUGCGAAGCCGCAACAGGCACAGUCAGAACCCCAAUCUCCACAAAAACAUCCCCUUCGCUUCCGUAGAUUAGUCCCAGGAUGGACACUCCCAAUGCCAGCUCUCACCAGAUGGCCUCUGUGUUGGAACUGCCAGAGUCAGUGUGCACUUCCAUACUUGGGUGCAUGUGUGGUGUGGUGUGUGUGUGUGCACAUGUGUACACCUUGGUGUUCGCAUGCACACACAUACACACACAUACAUACACACCCCUACUUGUUUAGAUGAAAAAGAGAAACACUAGGUGCUUUUAAUUUUUUUUUCCUUUAUAGUUUUUGGGAAGGGUAGGGACUUGAAUUUGGGGGUAAAGAAUAGAAUGCCCCUUUAAACACACACAAACACACACACACGAGUGUGUAACUAGCCCCCUUUUUGAGAGAUUCAUUCUUGGUCUUCUCCAAAGAGACAAUUUGUUGUACCCAUGACUGUUGCCUGCAAAAAUAAAAGGGAAAAAAAAACCAGAAACAAAAAGGAACUUCUUAUAGUUGUCUUUUGUGAACUUUUAAGGUUUCGAGAGAAUCUUCAACUAAAGCAUGGCAGAUUCACCUGUAAAUAUUUAGCCUUCAGAGGCCAAUGAUGUAAAACAAUUGUAUUGAUGGUUGUUUAACUCUUUUAAUUUUUACAGUUACAUCCAGCUGUUAGAUAUGCAGGAAACAUAGUUUGCUGGCUAGUUCUAUCCAUUUAAGUUAGCAUUAAUGCACAUUUUUUUAAAAGAAAACAUGGUCUUGUUUUUACUACCUGUUAGCUGUAGUGAUAAAGAGGUGCUGGCAUGCUUCACGGCACAGAUCUAAUUUUUUAAAAUGUCCUGUACUAGUACAUAAACCCAGUCAUGCACUUUUUUCAUACACUACAAGGGGAUGUGUAAUAUCCAUGCUUCUUUUUUUAAUCCUUAAACUAUUGCCAUACUUCAGUAAGUGUCUUUUUAAAAGAAAAUUCACUUGUAUAAAAAUGGUCUGGUCAGUAUAGGGCACAAAUGCCAAACAGAAGUAUUAGUGUUAACACAAAACUGCCAACUUUGCACAAGUUUCCAGAAAAGAAAAUACAGUUAGUCACUCAACAUAACCACAGGCCCAUUUGCCGGCCACCAGAAAACCGCUUUGACAAAAAAACACUUGGUGAUUCUUUCAAGUGCUGAAUGUUAUUAGAAUCAACAUUGUAUCCUUCUUGCUUAUAUGUUCAGUUACAUAAAAGGAAAGCAAAAUUAAGUGGUGUGAAACAGGCAAGGCAUUUGUUCUUUAGAGGCAAGAUCAUAUUUCAGGAUGUAAAAGCCCAAAUUAUUCACUAUGGGACAAAGCUGAAUGCAGUCGAAGAGUUGAAUACUCAAUUUCCAAGACCCUAGCCUUUACUCCUCACAAAGCAGGAAAUAGUGUGAGCUAGGCAGGUGUCUGGUGUGGCUGUCUGAUGUGCAGCACAGUCUGCAGGAGUGCUACGACACAGGCCUGUUGCAUCAACAUCAAAAGACGUGUAGCAGCAGCAGCAGCGAUGCUGGGCAGCGUGAAAAUGUAUGCUGAACUUGA